CCGAGCAGAUCCGGCCGGAGCUGCACAGACAGCUGAGUCACACACACGCAAACACACGCAAACACGCGCAACAUAGUUGGAGCUCCAGGAGCGAACACGCCGAGAGGAAGAGAAGUUCCCUCGCAGUUCCCUCGCAGCCGCGGACAUGCUGACCAUCACCCUGAAGACGCUGCAGCAGCAGACCUUCAAGAUGCAGGUGGAGCCCGAGCUGACGGUUAAAGCCCUCAAGGAGAAAAUCGAGGAGGACCGAGGAAAAGAUGUGUUUCCCUCCACGGGCCAGAAGCUCAUCUACGCAGGUAAAAUCCUGAACGACGACACUCAGCUGAAGGAGUACAAAAUCGACGAGAAGAACUUCGUGGUAGUCAUGGUUACCAAGCCCAAACCAGCACCUGCUCCCGCUGCAGUCCCAGAACCACGUCCUGCUCCAACACAAGCCCCGGCAGUGACGGAAGCAGCAACGCCCCCCAGCUCUGACCCGGCACCCCCCGGCCCAGAAACCCAGGACUCGCAGUCCUCCAAGGACUCUGGGGACCGGGCCGCCCCGGCCCUGGCAGAACCCCCCACCGCUGCAGAACCGCCCCCUCCGGCCGGCUCCGCCCAGCACAAACCAAAGGAGAGCCAGGACAGCAAGGCUUCGGCGGAGGCCUCGGUCCCAGCUGCAGCCCCGGCGGAGGCUCCAGACAAGGCCCUGGGCCCCGACCCGGCCCCAGAGCCGGCCUCAGCAACGGAACCAGCCCAGGACCCGGCUGCAGAUCCGGCUGCAGAUCCGGCUGCAGAUCCAGCUGCAGAUCCAGCUGCAGAUCCAGCUGCAGCACCAGUCCAGUCCUCUGCUUCCAGCCUCAUUCAAGAACUGGGUCUCCUGGAGGAGGCAGCAUCAAUACUGGUGACCGGUCCAGCCUACGAGAACCUGGUGUCAGAGAUCAUGUCUAUGGGAUACGAGCGGGGGCAGGUGGUGGCCGCGCUCCGGGCCAGCUACAACAACCCCGACCGGGCCGUGGAGUACCUGCUCAUGGGUCUUCCUGCGGAGGACUGCGAGCCACCCACUCAGGAACCGGUCAGACACGGGGCCCCGCCCAUCCCCUCCAUCCCCUCCAUCCCCUCCAUCCCCUCCAUCCCCUCCAUCCCCUCCAUCCCCUCCACACCCGCAACACCCGCAACACCUGCAACACCUGCAACACAGCAGCCCCAGCAGCCGCAGCAACUACAGCAGUCUCCCGUGGCCUCCAACAGGCCGGUGUCUGACAACCCUCCUCCCAGUUCUGGCGGGGGCCCCGCGCCCACCGGGAACCCUCUGGAGUUCCUGAGGAACCAGCCCCAGUUCCAGCAGAUGAGACAGAUCAUCCAGCAGAGCCCGGCCCUGCUGCCGGCGCUGCUGCAGCAGCUGGGCCGAGACAACCCGCAACUGCUGCAGCAAAUCACACAGCAUCAGGAGAAUUUUGUCCAGAUGCUGAACGAGCCGCGAGGUGGAGACCCGGCGGGGGAGGAGGCCGAGGGGGUGGAGGGGGUGCAGGUGCCACCGCAGACCAACUACAUCCAGGUCACCCCCCAGGAGAAGGAGGCCAUCGAGAGAUUGAAAGCGCUGGGCUUCCCUGAAGGCCUGGUGAUCCAGGCGUACUUCGCCUGCGAGAAGAACGAGAACCUGGCCGCCAACUUCCUGCUGCAGCAGACGUGGGACGACGAGUAGACGCCCCGGGGGGGGGGGGGUCGCCACGGGCCCAGCGCUGCACAGGACCGCCGGGGGGGAGCCGGGCCCCGGGAGGACCAGGACUUUCAUGCCAUGUGCCUGUGCUCUGAUGAUGAUGAUGAUGAUGAUGAUGAUGAUGAUGAUGAUCUGCUGUCUGUUUAAAGUUAGUUGUUCUGCUGUACGUCUUCAUCGGAGCUCACUGCUGCUACUGAGUGACCUGCACACCUGCACCCCCUCACACAGACCCCCCGCUGACCCGGACCUGCUUCUGCUCUGGUUCUGCUCUGGUUCUGCUCUGGUUCUGCUCUGGUUCUGCUCUAGCCGAGCUAACGGGCCACUUGCUCUGGUUUCAAGUUUCCCAUGAGUCUUGCGCGUUAGCUCCAACCUGAUUCAGGCCGGCUCUGCGUCCACACGUUCCCUUCCCCACACACUCAUUCUGUAGACACUACCGAGAAGGGCGAGCGGUUCGGUCCUGCUGGAGGAAGACUUGCAGAUCCAGCAGAACCUGCUCCCGACACGUCCCGACUGCUCCCGGCUCUGGAAAGGCUUUUUCCUCCAGCAACCCUCCCGUGCUCCAGCACGGGGGUUUGUUUGGUGUUUGAAGGACUUCAUGGCUGUCCGUGUCAUCAUGUGUAGCUUUGACUCUGGUUAUUAUAUUCUUGUGUUUUUUCUUCUCCUCGUUUUUUUGUUUCCUUUAAGUUUCCGCGUCAUGCAGCUGGUGUUACUUUCUCAGCCAGACUCCUACCAUGUCCUUUUCAUAUCUUUUCCGGGUAACUUGAGGUGUUCCUGAAACUGCGUGCAUGAAAACCGACGGCUGAGAUAAAAUUGUCACUUUGAACCAUUUUAUUGAGUAGAUGUCUUUUACUGCAGUGAAUAAAUCUGUUUUGAUGCAUGUAGCUGCGCCGGCUCUGCAGGGUUCACUACGAACUGGAGCGAUGCGGCGGGUCAGCCGGAUCCCCUGCAGCCGGAAUCAGCUGCGUUUCUCUGAAACCGACGUCAGACUUUAGCAGGAUGCCGGGCUUUAAUCUCCACUUGUUUCCGGUACCAGUGAAACUGGGAGAUGCAGAUAUUAAAUACCUAAUGGAGACGGAAACACUCCCCUACAGUCGCAGCAAAGCUUUCACGUUAACAUGCCGGGGUUUCAGGCGUGUUCAGCAUCUACUGGUCACAUCAGCGGUAGAGGCAGGUUUCUGUUAGUGGGGGGUCGG